UUUCGAGACCAAUGUGGUCUUUGUAUUGUAUUCAUUUUGCAAAUGUAAUCGUUCAGGUUGCAAUAAUGUAGAUGUGAACGAUACUGCAUCCUCCUGUGAUACCUAGCUAUCCGUCCAUGAUUUAAGCAAAGCGACGUUGACAUUUUUACAGAGGGGCAGACUGUCUGGCCAGCUAACCGUAUCGGCAAUGAGGGGUUUGUUUUCCUUAAUAACAACUAGUUAGCUACAGCAGCUAUCCUCCAUCCGUGUUUAAGCGAGGAAUUGUGUUAUAACGUUUAUGAUGUGGCAAAUAACACCUGUAAACUGUAUAUCAGUGUCAGUCUGUCGAAUUAGUUAACGGACUCAACUCUAAACUACAGCGAUUUAGCGAGCUAGCUGUAAACAUCUGUUUACUUACUUGGUAACUAGAGCUAGCUAGCAAGCACUGACAACAAGAAGACGAUGUGGCAAAGCGUUGGUCUCACUGUGCUGGUAAUUGUGGCCACCCUUGUGUGCGCGUUGCUCUUCAUGGUUUUUGGUUGGUACGUUGUCUGGCAGCUCUUCCUGUCCAAGUUCAAGUUCCUGCGUGAGAUGUUGGGCGACACCGGCUCUCCACAGGCCGAGACCCAGCCUUCCGAAUCCAGGAGCGAACGUACCUCUCCUCCACCCCCACGCCAGAGGCCCAAGACUGCCCGCCAGAGGGCUGUUCCUCCUAAUAGUACUACAUAGAUUACCUCACCCGUCCGCUGUCGGCCACACCGUAUCCUGUUGUUCACCAAACCAGCCGUCCCACUAGGAAACAGUGGUGGACAAAAACCCCUUUAAUAAAUUGCAUGAUUUGGAAUGGCAUACUACCCCCAUGUCUCCUGAUGAAAUCCACCCCUCCACUCUGCACUACUAAAGACAUCCUCGUUGAUGACACUUGACACGUUCUUCUUACUAGACUAGGCACAGCUGCUGAUAUUAUAAAGGGACAAGCCAUCAAAUCACGGAACAUUCUGUAUGCCACUUGUUCAUGUUUCAAAUAUGUAUUUUAGCUGUUCACAGUGUAUGUACUGAGCAGCAUGUUUGGUCUCUUCACCUGGCCUUCACUGACACUGCAACAUGGUCACCACUAAUUGGCUGACGCUGUAACACGGUCAGCUCUGACUGGCUGACGCUGUAACACGGUCAGCUCUGACUGGCUGAUGCUGUAACAUGGUCAGCUCUGAUUGGCUGACAUGUUCAACUCUUGAUUAGCUGACACUGGAACAUGGUCAGCUCUGUGGGCUCCUGAGUGGCGCAGCGGUCUAAGGCGCUGCAUCUCAUUGUUAGAGGCGUCACUACAGACCCUGGUUCAAUUCCGGGCUGUAUCACAACCGGCCGUGAUUGAGAGUCCCAUAGGGCGGCGCACAAUUGGCCCAGCGUCAUCCGGGUUAGAGUUUGGCCGGGGUAGGCCGUCAUUGUAAAUAAGAAUUUGUUCUUAACUGACUUGCCUAGUAAAUAAAGGUUAAAUAAAAUAUUGGCUGACACUGGAACAUGGUCAGCUCUGAUUGGCUGACACUGGAACAUGGUCAGCUCUGACUGGCUGUCAUGCUGCUGACACCUGCAUGGGGAAUCUGUUUCUCCAACAGCAGACAGCUGAGUGUGAGUUCUCUGUCAUGUGUGUGUGUGUGCGCACGUUUUAUGAGAGUGUGUUUAUUUGAACAGACGUGUGUUUGUAGUAAAGCCUAUAUUCAGACACAUAGACAAAGCGUUGUAUAAACAGGCUCAUAUAUCAUUUACAUUCAGAGGCAAAACAACUUGUAGAAGAGAAACUGAAUAAAACUAUUUGCAUAACUGACAA